GUCUAUUGGAAACAACAUCUCUACCUCUCCAGGUUUAAGGUGUGCGUACACACUAACCUCCCUAGACCCCACCUGUGAGAUUAUACCGGGUAAAUUAUGAAUUAUGAUAGUUACAAAAGGGAGUGGGUGGAAGCUUUCACUCCCUGGAAAAGGGAACCAAAGGAAGAUCCCGACAACAGCCCUGUUUUUUCAGGCGAUUAUGAGAGUUUCAAUCCGAAGCGACAGAGGUUCUAUUUACAUGCUCAAAAUAAGCACUUAGAUGUUUAUACGAAGAUGGCUGCUUUAAAAGCUUCCACAUCUGUCGUCAAUCUUGAAUCAUACUCGGGAAAAGAGGAGAUAUUUCAAUGUUCUGGAACCAUUAUAGAAAGUGUUGACACUUCUAGUAUAAUAUUGACCACUGCGAGUCUCCUUAGGUGCUCUAAGGCUAGAAAUUCUAUAGCAAAUGACAUUAAGGUUAUUGUGCACCUAUUUGAUGGAAGAGCAUUUGAUGGUCAUAUUGAGGCUUAUGACUUUCACUACAAUGUUGUUGCUAUAAGGAUUCAAUCAGACACCCCACUUCCAAUUGCUUCCCUGGCUCAUUUAAAUGAUUCUAUCAUGAUUCGGCCAAGUCAGCUCAGAGUUACGGAAGAGAAGCCAUUUCAACUUCGUCCGCAUUCAAACUCAUUUGAUCUUAUUCCUGGAGAUUCAGUUAUUGCACUUGGUCGUUUCAAUAAGAAGCCGUAUGAUAUCAUGGCUGCCCCUGGUGAAUUCAGCAUUGAUCGCUGCGACUACGACUACUUCGAGUGUAAAGAGCUUUUCAUGGCAACUUGCAGAAUUACAAGAUGUGGUAUUGGUGGCCCACUUAUCAAUCGCUAUGGAGAAAUCAUCGGUAUCUGCUUUCAUGAUGUCUCCUCUAUUGCAUUCUUGCCGAUCAAUAUAGCUUCCAUAUGGUGGGAACAUUAUAAGAAAUAUAGGCAACCACGUCGGCCGCGGCUCGGGAUGGAGGUAGCUAAUCUCUAUGCAGCUGACUUAGAAAUUCUUGAAAGAAUUAUUUCAAAGUUCCCUGAAGUCAUGGAAGGCGUCAUUGUUGAAGAGAUUUUCGAACAAGCAGACCUUGAUGUAAAAGGUCAACUAUUAGCCAACAAAAAUAGCAGCCCAGCAAGACCAAAUUCCAGCAGUAGCAACCACAGCGGCUCCAAAAAUUUUCAGAAAUCUUUAAACUCCAAAGCAAGGAAGAGUUGAAAAGGUUUUGGGCUAUUUUGAGGUGGAAGAGUUGAAGAACUUUUCGUGAGGUUUCUGAGAUUGAUUUUUAAGGGUGGAAGUUGAUGCUUUCCAUGUUCUCCGUGGGAAUCUGGGAAUCUCUCCCUCCUCUGUCCGUGUGUGUAUUAAUAUAGAUGUGUGGGUGAGGGAAGUUAAUGUGUUGGUGUGUGAGUUAAUUUUAAAAUAGGUGGGGAAAAUGGAAAAGAGACGUGAGGAGUGGGGGGGUUUUGGGAGGUUAG